AUGAAGGUUCGAUUAAGAGAGAAAUACAAAGGAGCUACCAAACGGAGGCUUCAUUGCUGGCUUUGUCUAAUUGGAACAAUGCUAAUGAUUACUUUAGGAUGGGGCAAACGAAUCCUUAUGCAAGGCAUCAUCCUUCCAGAUGACAUCAGUGGAUCUGACCGAUGGAUUGCAUUUACCAACCUAACAGAGAAGGAUUUGACAGCCACGUCGGCAUCAUCAGGCACAUACAAGUCAUCAGUUUCGUCAUUGCCACACUUCCUUCAGACCACCUUGGAUCAAAGCGAUUUUGUGGAAUUGGAUCACUGUGACAUGAUUUCUCUGAAUUGGACAUUAUUUCAAUCCUUUGCUGAGCCAGUGAUUCAAUCCAAUCUUCCCAAGCGCGCCCUUGCAAAUGACACUGAAGGCCUCGAAACCACCAAGCUGAGAAACGAAUGGACGCUGGAAUUGUUGGAACUCUAUCUGACCCACAAUGGAAAGUGUCAGUUUGAUCAAUAUCGACCGAGGAUAAAACGCGUAGCAUCCAUACAAAAGGCUGGGUGGAAGCUGCAAGAAAUUGCCAAAGUCUUCCCGGUGCCUCCCCAACAAGCAAGGGUUGUCUUUUCGAUUGUUGCCUACAAGGAUUCCAAACAUCUUCGUCGUUUGAUUGAAGCUAUACAUUUGCCUCAUCACUUGAUAAUCAUUCACUUGGAGCAGACACAGCAAGGUGACGAAUCCUAUCAUCAGCAAGUGGAAGCCAUUGCCAAUGACUAUCAGAAUGUUGUCGUUGUGCAAUUUGGGACCAUUAUUUACAAAACGGAUUCCAUAUCGCGAGUGACACUCCAAUUGAUGUACUGGAUAACGACAGAGCUAAAAAUCAAGUUUGACUACUUUGCGUCGCUUGGCGGAGCAGUGUAUCCCUUAUUUGGAGCAUUGGAAUUGUCCAAGCAUCUCUAUGAGUCUGCAGGAAAUGUGUGGCUCGGGGAAGCCACCAUGAAAGGCAGACGUGUGGAAGCGCCCCAAACGCAUUUGUUAUGGAAACAUCGGCUUCUGGCCACAUCUACUAAACUUGCAAUCCGAACAGGAACAAUCUUUCAUGAUAUAGUUCCUGACUGGAUGACCGAGACGAUGCGACACAAGAGCAAUUCCGGGAACCAGGCAAUCUUUGGAUAUUCAGCAGUUGAGAAAAUGCUUCAAAGUGAAAAGGUGCUUCAAAUAUUUGCCAUGGCAAAGUAUAGUUGCUGUUGCUGUGUUGAAGAACGAACUUGGAUCGCUGCCAUGGAUAUCAUUGGCUUUUUGCAUGAAGCACGAAAACAAUCCAACAUGUUUCAGCUAUGGGGAGGGGAAGAAAAUAAUUGUGUUGGAAGCAUGAAUAAUGCAGUAUUGGACUUGAACGAGAAUAGAUGCUUCCGAAUUGAAGCCCUUGGGAAAGCCGAAAUGUACUUUUGGGGCAAUCAAACGUGGGACAACAUUGUCGAAGCCAAGAAGAACGGAAUGAUGUUUGCAAGAAAAUUCAGCUCGGACCAACUUGAUUCCAUUCAACUAUUGGAGAAGAUACGGAAGGAGUUGCACCUCACGUAG